GCAUUUCAAUGGAUGUGUGCUAGGGCAGGUGUUAGCGACACAUAUAUACUACCAACAUACCGAUAGCCUGGCACUUUCAUCUACGAUCCGCGCUAGAAACAAUGGUUACAAGAAUUACGAUUGUCUUAUUUGCUCUCGCUGCUGUUAGCUGGACAGCAUCAAUUGACAGUAAAAUCAGACAGUACAGACGAAUAAAAGAAAUUCCCUGCAACAGACUAGCUUUAGAAAAACUCAGUAGUCUAGGACUCAUCGUCGAUAAUGCCAGGUGCUUUCCAAGACAAAUUGCGAGAGGUUUCUCAGGAUAUAAACGCAGUGGCGCAUUGGAAUUAGAGAGGCGAUCAUGCUGUGGUCCUGAAUGUGAUUGGCUUAUCCAGGACGCAGGAGUUGACCCGGCCACUCUCCGAUGUCCCAACGACAACUAACACUCCNAACUCAUUUAUUUUGAAAUACAAUGCAAUUACUUUUUGUCCAAAUAAAGACAAUUCUAGGCCAAUUCAAGAAUUACGUUUUACCGGAUGUGAUGUCAUGGGUAAGGGGUGGGUUAUAAGAUCAUUGACAUUUGUGCUUUCUUCAAACUUAUACUUACUUCUAAAAGAAUUUUGAAUUCUAGGAAUAUGUGUUGAGUUUAGCACAAUAAAGCAGAGAGAAAACGUAGUA